AUGUCAAUCACAAGUACUUUGAUCAUAUGUGCUGUUACAGCGGCAAUAUUUUUCAACUUUUCCAUUCAUAAAAUCGAUGAAGGACACGUAGGCGUUUACUAUAGGGGUGGGGCUCUUCUAACACGAACUAGCGGGCCAGGCUUUCAUGUCAUGAUCCCAUUCCUUACGACGUAUCGUCUGGUUCAGACUACUUUGCAAACGGAUGAAGUAAAGAAUGUUCCAUGUGGUACAAGUGGAGGAGUUAUGAUCUACUUUGAUCGAAUCGAAGUUGUGAACAUUUUAAGUUCGAACCAUGUUUACGAUAUUGUGAAGAACUAUACUGCGGAUUAUGACAACACUCUCAUUUUUAAUAAAAUACAUCAUGAAUUGAAUCAGUUUUGUAGCGUUCACAACCUGCAAGAAGUUUACAUCGACCUCUUCGACAAGAUUGACGAAAAUUUAAAAAUCUCCUUACAAAACGACCUUGAUUUAAUGGCACCAGGAUUAACUAUCCAGGCUGUUCGCGUUACUAAGCCUAAAAUUCCCGAGGCUAUUCGGAGGAAUUAUGAGAUAAUGGAGGGAGAGAAGACAAAGUUGUUAAUUUCGCAACAAAAGCAGAAAGUUGUCGAGAAAGAGGCAGAAACCGAAAGAAAAAGAGCAGUAAUAGAGGCAGAAAAGCAGGCUCAAGUCGCUAAAAUUCAAUUUGAUCAAAAGAUUAUGGAGAAACAAAGCCUUAAAAAAAUGGCACAAAUCGAAGAUGAAGGUAAUGUAGCGCGCUUGAAAGUAACAGCCGAUGCAGAGUAUUACGCGGCAACGAAAUUAGCCGAUUCUAACAAGGUAAAGUUAACUCCGCAAUAUUUAGAGUUAAUAAAAUAUGAAGCACUUGCGAAAAACACGAAAAUAUACUUUGGAGAAAGUAUUCCUAAAAUCUGGGGAAAUUUAUCACCAUCAUUUCCAGAUCUAGCUAGUGAUAAGAAGCCAGAAACCGGCUAA